CUGCCAUCUGCUCGACAACGCUCCUGCGUCCAGAGAGAGACGAACCCGUCAGCAAUUUUGCUCUUUGCCCCGCGUCAAGCCGAGCUUCCUUUGCCCAUCUGCCAUGCCAACCGCGCACCGUCAUGAGCGGAAAGAGGCCUCCUAGCUAGUCUCAUCCACCCACCGCCCUCACCCAUCACGCUUUUUGUCUCCAGUCCCCCGAACUACCCCUCCUCUCAACCGGCAAUCAGCGCUCCAGCUUCGCCGGGCCCGUCCAUACAAGUGUUCCAAAGGCCUGCUGUUGUGACCCUGUCCGUACGUCCUACCGGAGACUAGCCCUCUGCCCAACAUGAAGUUCGGCAAGCACAUUCAGAAGCGUCAGCUCGACUUUCCCGAGUAUGCCGCCAGCUUUGUCGAUUACAAGGCCCUGAAGAAGCUCAUCAAGAAACUGAGCGCAACCCCUGUCAUCCACGCCCAAGAUGGUCCUCAACAUACGGAUCCCCAAACUUCCCUGCAGGCUAACAAGGCCACUUUCUUCUUUCGCCUUGAACGAGAGCUGGAGAAGGUCAACAAGCUCUACUUGCAAAAGGAAGCUGAACUGAAAUUAAGAUUAACUACGCUGCUCGGGAAGAAGCGGUCGAUGCAGUCGCGCCCCAACCCCGUGUCGAAGGUGUCGUCAAAAUAUGUCAUCCUCGAGGAAGCUUUCAGGUUGUUCAGCAAUGAUCUCAACAAACUCCAGCAGUUUGUCGAGAUAAACGCCACCGCAUUCUCAAAGAUUCUCAAAAAGUGGGACAAAACGUCAAAGUCUCGAACCAAGGAACUGUACAUUUCUCGUGCCGUGGAGGUUCAGCCAUGCUUCAACCGCGAUGUCAUUAGCGACUUGUCAGACCAAGCCACGACUAACCUGCUUGAGUUUGCGGCAUGGGCAGAAGGCGAACAGAUGCAGUACACGACCACGGCCUCUGAAUUUCCCGUGAAUGCGGCUCUGCGGGAUACCGAUACUGAUGCUGAUCCCCAAAUACUGCAAGCCAUCACGGCCGGAAAUAUCUCUGGAGUCGAAGAGUGGAUAAGUCGUGUCACAUCGUUACCUGACGCUAGAGACCGUAUUACACGGGCUUUCCUUGCUACAGCAUAUGACGCUCCUGAAACGGCACUGAAAGUCAUGCUGGACACGAAUAUGGUCGACCUUGAUCAAGGAGAUGAUGUCAACGCUCGUAAUUGCCUCCACAAGGCAGCCAUAUCUGGCCGAGCUCUGGUGCUCAAGAUCGGACUCGAUGGAAAUGCCAAUGUCAAGGCAGUGGAUGUUUACGGCCGGAUACCGCUCCAUUACGCUUGUAUGCAUGGCCAUGUCGGCAUGAUACAGGACCUUGUGGCUGUGGCGCCAGAUACGAUCGACUCCAAAGACCAGGACGGUUUUACCCCUCUCAUUCACGGCAUCGUACACAAUCACCUCGAGGUUGUGAAAAGUCUUUUGCAAAACAACGCUCGAAUCGAUCCUAUCGGCGAAUCAGACCACAUUCCUCUCAAUCUCGCUUGCCAACAUGGCCUGCAGGCUGCCGUUGAACUCCUCUUGCAGGGAAGGCCACAGAUUCUUCCGGAUGCCGAAGGGUUGUAUCCGCAGCACCUUGUUGCCCGGUCUGGCAGGAACCCCAACAUAUUUUUGAUGCUGCAGGAAUACGGAGCGGAUCUCGAUCAACCUGACAAGCUAUAUCAGUGGACACCCCUGUUCCAUGCAGCAAGCGAGGGACAUGUUGACUGUUUGAAGACCCUGUUACAAUGCGGAGUCUGCGUAGAUGUCAAGGAUGAAAAGGAUCUGCCGGCAAUGUACUACGCCACCUGGGAAGGCCAUCUGGAAUGCAUGAAGCUUUUGGCUUUGGUGGUUCAGGAACGCAAACCAGCGGGUAAACCCGGUCCACCACCCCCGAUGCUGGCUGCGGGUCCACCACCAUCAUCCACCCCGCAACCAAUGGCUAUGGAGAUUGAUGGCAUACCUGACCUAUCCCUUCCACCUCCAAUAAUCCCCAUCCGACGCUAUGGGCACAACUUCCUCGACAACAAAACUUUUGUCGUCAUCAACUUUGGCGAUCUAGACUCGCAACCCGUUCGGUUCUACGAGGACAGCAAAUAUCCGGCAGCACGUCUGACUAUCGCUUCCAAGUCCUCCGAUCUAAUACCACGCAAUAUUCUUCUCCCUAUAUCCGAGGAGAACAAGAUCAUUUCAUUCCAAAUCGACAACAUCGAUGCGUUCAGUAUAGACUUUGAUGUUUUUCCCACCUUCGGUGCCAAGGUAAUUGCGAGGACGGAAGCAUCCUCUACCCUUUUCAAGAACAGAGAUAGCAGUUCUGGUGACUGCAACUUGGGUCUGUUCGACCCUCGUCUGCGAACGAUAGGUCGCAUCAAGUUCAAGUUCCAUAUUGUCAAGCCAUUCCCUGGUCCACCGCUGGAAAUCACACACUUUGCCACUUACUGGAAAGCAACGAGCCAGCUUGACCAGCACCCCAGUGCCCUCAUCACCGGCUCCAGUCUGUCAGGCGAUUAUGUUCGACUUUUCGUGCAGAUGACAUGCGAUGGCGUCCCCGUGCUCUUCCCGCAGUGGAAAGUAAGAUAUGGGCGGUUGGACAUUGCCGUAUCACGUCUGACGUACGAGGAGUUCUUGUAUAUUGGUGCUGAGCAAGGUGGCGGGGAGGCUGUGCUCAAUGCCCUUGCGCAGACUCCCUCCAACGACAUCGCCCGCAUUCACCAGAUCCUCGCAUGCUCUUAUGUCAGUCUCGCCGACGCUUUAGCUCGACUCCCUGCAGAAGUCCGCGUAGAACUACACAUCCUAUAUCCGAACCGCAUUGAAGAAGCAGCACUCCGUCUCGGUCCCACGCUCAAUAUCAACGGCUUUGCCGAUACGCUGCUGCAGAUUGUAUUUGACCAUGCGAGACAUCUUCGUGCCGAGGACGAGAAUACGGUGCGCAGCAUUGUAUUCAGCAGCUUCAACGCCGAUAUUUGCACGGCGCUGAACUGGAAGCAGCCAAACUACCCUGUGCUGCUAGGCAAUGAACUCGGUGCCGAUCCAGCUGUGGCGGCAGCAGACCCGCAAAAUGUGCAGAGUAGUGGUCGCACGACGAUUUCCGUCAAGGAAGCAGUCCAGGUCGCACAGAACAACAAUUUCAUGGGCCUGAUAUGCAGUUCGCGCUUGCUGGAACUUGCCCCCGCGCUCAUCGAAUCCAUCAAGACGGCUGGCCUUGUCCUCAUCGCAGAUCUCUCGACGCAACCGCCAACGUCUAGUUGGACCAUGCCCGAGAGCAUUGAUGGCUCGUUCAAGAGCCACGGUGUCCUUCGUUUCAACGAGACGAUUGACAUUUAAAGAAUCAUGUCGCAUCCCAUCCCCCCUCUCGUUCGCCUACUUUCACAAUUUUAAGUCCCACUUCUGACUCCUGCUAUUCACGUGCAUGCAUUUGAACGGAUGUCGUUUCCGUUCACUUUCCCGUUCUCUUUCCGUCAAAGCGUCACAUUGGGCGGAUCUAUGUGUGUUUUGGCACUUUCUAUCUCUCGGCAAUACCAUGCGACGCGCUGCGUUGCGUUGCGAUUGAUCGCCCAGGCCCAAACAGAGCGGGGCAGCGUAGACGGAAAUUGCAAAGAUGAAGAGAGAAAGAGGGCGGUGUGCGUGACGCUGGUUUUGAAUCGGCGUGGUGCAAAGUCAGCAGCGUAGUCAUGCGUUGCUGCAUUCACCGAUGUUCACAAAUUUGCGAUGACCAUCGUUGUAUUCGACUUCGGCGCGGCGUGGUAGCUAACCAACCAGUGCUGUUAUUGAUAGCUACAUAGCUAGACAUUAAUGCAAGCAAUAGAGUCAUGUAGCGCGC